AUGUUCCAGCAUGCUGGUGAGAGCGGCGCAAAUAUCUUCGACGGCGUCAAGGUCAAAUCGAUUCGGUUCGAAGACGCCACUACAGUUCCUGAGGGCCAACCGAACCUCCUGCCUGGCCGUCCAGUCGCUGCGGUCUACGAGAUUGCCGAGACCAAGCAGACAGGCGAGAUAGCUUUCGAUUACAUCGUUGAUGCCAGUGGCCGUAUUGGUUUACUGAGUACAAAGUACAUGAAGAACCGACGAUACAACCAAGGUCUCAAGAACGUCGCCAACUGGGGCUACUGGAAGGGUUGCGGCAGAUACUCCCCUGGCACGGACAGAGAAAACGCCCCGUUUUUCGAGGCCUUGAGAGAUGAGAGUGGCUGGGCUUGGUUUAUUCCCCUGCACAACGGUACGGCUUCCGUUGGUGUUGUCAUGAACCAGAAACUGGCCGCGCAUAAGAAACAGCACGGCGGCUUUGAUUCCACCCAGUUCUACCACGAGAGCCUCAAACUUGCACCUGAGCUCCGCGCAGAGCUCAUUAAAGAUGGCGAGUUCGUUAGUGACGUCAAGUCGGCCUCAGACUACUCCUAUAGUGCCUCAUCUUAUGCGUUUCCAAAUGCCCGCAUCGUCGGUGACGCAGGCUGUUUCAUCGACCCUUUCUUCUCCUCGGGUGUCCACAUCGCCCUUACGGGCGGUCUUUCAGCCGCCACCACCAUAGCUGCAUCAAUUCGCGGCGACAUCGAGGAGCCUGAAGCUGCCGAAUGGCAUACUAAGAAGGUUGCAGCCGCCUACACAAGGUUCCUUCUCGUGGUCCUCAGUGCCUAUAGGCAAAUGCGCUUCCAAGAGGAUCCUGUCCUCAGCGACUUUGACGAAGACAACUUUGACCGUGCCUUUUCCUUUUUCAGGCCUAUUAUCCAAGGAACGGCAGAUGCUGCCAAUGGCAAUCUUUCUCAAGAAGAACUCAACAAGACGCUCGAGUUCUGCGCACACGCCUUCGAGCCCGUGAACCCCGAAACGAACAAGGAGAAGGUCAUGAAGGUUGUACAGGAUGCCCCCGAUGGCUCGGGCUACAAUCCUGACCUUUCACCUGCGGAGCAGAAUGCCGUCAAGCAUAUCCGUGCUAGAAAGAUGAUGCGUACUGAGGAUACUUAUAAUAUCAAUACUUUUGGCACGGACUCAAUCCUCGGAUUUGUCCCCAAUCUGGUCAGGGGUAGCUUGGGCUUGAAAAGAUCGGUUAUGAAUGGCACGACGGAAGUAAGUGCAUAA